GCACGGUAAAAGCACGCAGUGCUGUCAGUACGUGUCGUCCUAGUGCUGCCACUGUGCUUUCACUGCAUGAAAAUGCACUUGAUGAUCGCACGGUGAUGGCGCGCUAGUGGAAUGAAGAACAUGGCACGUGAUAGCACUGUCUGUGUCCCUGUGCCUUCACCGUGCUCUCUCACUGAGUAUGCAUAAGUGCAUUACACGUUUUUGCCUGAGACGAUGCAGCAUUUAACAAACAAGUCAGAACGUUUUGUUUUCGCAUUUCUGACAAGACGCAAGUUUAUAAGUAGUAAAAAAAUUAAAUAUAAAAGUAUAAAGUUAGAAAGUGCUUUGGUGCGUGACAUUUUAUUGGAAUGAAAUAAUAAAAAAAUCGCUGUAUAAUAAAUCUCGCAAAAUCAGUGGAAACACGAAAUGUUUCGAGUUUGAUUGUUAUAUUAUUGCUUUUGGAUGCUGCAAGGAAUAUGACUUCAUCUUUCUCAACUCCAUCUUUCUCUCCAAUCGUUAUUCAGGGUGAAUAUGGGCCAAAUAAUACUUAUAAAAAAAGGAUAAAUGCUAUGGUUGAAUAUGUAUUUUUGUGUAUUCUGCUAGCAAUGUAAGUUCUGAUGAAACUAAAUCAUUUACAAGGAUGUCUACUCUAUUUAUUGAAUAAAAUACAUUUUGUUAAAUAUUUAUGAUAUCAUAUAUUUAAAGAUGUCCCUGGAAACUGCAAUAAUUAAGAUAGAAAGCAAUACAACUCAUAGUUUUCCAUUGAUAAUAGUGGUGCGUUAAACAACAGGUAUUCUGUCUUGGCAAAUACCUUUGCUUGACAACAGUGCAGACUUAGACACUGUGAUAUAUAAUAAAACUAGUCGUACCUUGUGCUCUACAAAAUAUUAUCGAUAUGUACAAGAUGACGAAGAGUAUAUUAUCGUUGGUAUCUCCACAGCCAGUCAUGAAAAUAUCUCCUUCAACCUCAAUGUAAUCAAAGUUACAAACUUUUAUUUAAGAUAUGUAUUGUCGUACAGACGUAACAUUGUUAAAAACAUAAUGUAAAUUUUGUUGCUAAAUUAUUAAUCCUUUAUAGUUCUGGAAGAGGUAAAAAUACGAAUUUCCCCAUCCGAUCCUAUAUAUUAUGGUUACAUCUUCUCAAAGUAGGAGAAUUCCUCAGUCCUCAUUCGUGUUGAAUCAGAUAAUGACAUCUGUAUGACCGUAUCUAUACAAAAUACAUCCUGUCCUGUAUUCGACUUGGAACAAAACAUCAAGUUUUUUGGGCACUGGCAGACUGUGAAUAGAAGAGGAAAUAUCACAGUACCAAUGCAAUGGCAGGAAACUAAUUAUAAAAAACCAAAUCAAAAAGAGUUUGAGAAUGCGAUGAGCCGAGUUCUAAAAAGUCUGAAAGAGCGACGGCGAAAAUAUUUAAUUAAUACCGGCAAUCUGCGAUGCAGAAGAGAUGAUCUUUCCAACGACGAUGAUGGAGAUCAAUUGGAAACGCACGUCCAACCAAUUCAAUAAUUACAUCGGUUAGAAAACGUCAGCCGCAGUAAGUCGACCGAUGAUGAAGGCACUGAUCAUGAUUUCGGACUUUCAAAUGAAGAGUACCUGGAGGAGAAUGUAAAUACAGAUACAGAACAGGCUGAUGAUUAUGCUUUGACUGCCAGUGACCUCUCAACUAUUGACAGAAUCAGUAAAUACAAGAAACAGAUUUCAAAUUCCUAGAUGAUUUGGAAGAUCUCUGAAGAGAAUUUUUAUACAUUGGAGGAAGAGGAUAUAUUGUGUUCAAUCAUAUUAAUAUAAAUUAUAUUAAUCAAACAUGUAAUUAUAAAUAAAAAAUGUUUAAUUUUACAAAA